AUGCGGGGGGUGGGGAAGGACGGCCAGUCCGGGAGGGCCCUUGGGACCCGGGUGGCUGGCGAAGAAAGUGAUUCCCGCACUGCCUGUCUGAACCUUCGAGCCUCGGACGCCUGGAAGGAUGCCAACUCUGCCCUGCUGAGCAACUACGAGGUGUUCCAGCUACUGACUGAUCUUAAGGAGCAGCGGAAAGAAACUGGGAAGAAUAAACAUAGCGCUGGGCAACAGAACCUGAAUACUAUCACCUAUGAAACAUUAAAAUACAUAUCAAAAACUCCCUGCAGACUUCAGAGUCCAGAGAUUGUCAGAGAAUUCCUCACAGCCAUGAAAAGCCACAAGUUGACCAAAGCUGAAAAACUGCAGCUGCUGAAUCACAGACCUAUGACUGCUGUUGAGAUCCAGCUGAUAGUGGAAGAGAGUGAAGAACGGCUGACAGAGGAGCAGAUUGAGGCUCUCCUCCACACCGUCACCAGCAUCCUGCCUGCUGAGCCCGAGCCCCCAAAAGGCGCUGACGACGAAGCCAUGGACCAAGAGGACCCAGCCUAG